UUUUGUUUAUUAUUAUUAAAAUUAAAAUUCAAUUUCAAUUUUCCAUUGAUUCAACGUUCGAGGUUUUUUUUCGAAACCUUAGCUUCGUAGAGAGAACAACAACAACAAUUUUGCUUUGUCUUUGUUCUAUGAGCUUCACUUCAAUUCCCGCCACUGCUUAGGGAUUGAAGGUUUUGGUUGAAGGAUAUGGAUGAGUUUGAAUCAGAGGUUUGUUGUUUGGAGAAUAAACAAUCAACUGUUGCUUCUUGCUCAUCUGUGUCUGAAGGCAGUGAUAGUAUAAUUCAAAAGUCUCCGGGGAUAUGUAGCCCCACGGCUACAUCCACAUCGCCCUCACAUCGGAGGACAACAGGUCCUAUAAGGCGUGCUAAGGGUGGUUGGACAGCAGAGGAGGAUGAGACAUUAAGGAAUGCCGUUGCAGCUUUUAAGGGAAAGCAUUGGAAGAAAAUAGCUGAGUUUUUUGCUGAUAGAUCAGAAGUUCAAUGUCUGCACAGAUGGCAAAAGGUUCUCAAUCCAGAACUUGUUAAAGGACCAUGGACACAAGAGGAGGAUGAUAAAAUUGUUGAACUGGUGGCAAAAUACGGGCCUACAAAAUGGUCCUUGAUUGCCAAGUCUUUGCCUGGUCGAAUAGGGAAACAGUGUCGAGAAAGGUGGCACAAUCAUCUCAAUCCUGAUAUAAAGAAGGAUGCCUGGACUUUGGAAGAGGAACUAGCCUUGAUGAAUGCUCAUCGUAUACAUGGGAACAAAUGGGCUGAAAUAGCUAAGGUCCUUCCUGGAAGGACUGAUAAUGCAAUAAAGAACCACUGGAAUAGUUCUUUGAAGAAGAAGUUAGAUUUCUACUUAGCCACAGGAAAACUUCCACCAAUUCCAAAAAGCAAUCCACUAGUUGCUGCCAAAGAUACAAUUAAACGUUCUGCUUCUAAAACAAUACUUGUUUCAUCUAAUAAAGAACUAAAUGUGGCUGUUGAAGCAUCGUCUGAAACUACAGCCAUUAGUAAGCCAGAUGACAGUGGCAAGAUUCAGUUUGAGUCCUCAGGAACAGCUAGAGAAGUUGGUGAUUCUUCAAGUCUCCCGGCAAAUGAAUCUGCUGAUUCUGACUGUGUAGAAGGCAAGCCUGGACCAUCCAAUGUGGAUCUUAGCUGUGGAAACUCAGAGCAUAUAUCAAGAGCUAAUUUUGGAACAACUUACGGGCCAAAAUAUGAGAAUUCUGCACUCAAUGGAAACUCAAUAACUGAGCAUUGUUUAAACAAUGGUAAAAUGAGAAAUAGUAGUAGCGGGUUAAUCCGGACAUCUACACAAGAAAAUCAGACUUGCGGUUCUUUGUGUUACGAGCCACCACUUUUAGCUGGUUCAGUUCCUUUAGAUUCUCUUCAUUUAAGUAUUCUCUGCAUGCAGAAUGAUUACUGUUCUAAGUUGUCACCCAUUGGUUACACCACUCCACCUCGCGCGAGGGUUAGUGAAUUAUGUACGGAGACCCCUGAAUCUAUAUUGAGAAAGGCUGCUAAUACUUAUCCAAAUACUCCUUCCAUAUUUAGGAGGAGAAGAACUGGAGUCCAACCACUAACUUCUCCUAGUAAAGUUUUAAAAGUCGACAAUGAUUCACAUGCUUCUAAUGAACCAUAUAGAACCAAGAAUAAUUCUGAUUCUGAAGCUCAGACAUUGUCUGAGAGUCCCGCAAGCCGUGACAAUAAUAAGGCUUUCAAUGCAUCGCCGCCAUACCGGUUAAGAACCAAACGGACAGCAGUUGUCAAGUCUGUCGAGAAACAACUUGAGUUUGCGUUUGACAAAGAGAAGAAUGAUGACAACAUGAGUGCAAUGGAAAAAUCUACAAAGAGGAGCAAUGUUAUGACUGAGGAUCGUCUGCAUGAAAGAAAAUUGGUUGCUACGUAGUGCACAAAUUGGGUUUUUAUAGUAGCUGGACUUGCUCUUGAAACUGGUUGAUUGUUUCUCUAAAUUGAUAGACAAAGUUUACCACUUUUUACGAAAUUAAUUCAGAUUGCAGAGUCAAAAUGACUUGGCGUUGGUGCUUUUGUUUCCAUCACACAUCAACAUAAUUCAGCAACAGUAGAUGUCUACUAUGUGUAGAAUAAGGAUUGAUAAACUCCAUUUACUUGUUUAUAGAUAUGUUAUUAUUUUUGUACAGUUACAUCUUAGGAAAAAUAAAUGUUCUUAAGUUUCAUCAUUGUUUUGAGGAGAAGUUUCAU